GGCGGAACCUGCACACGCACUGCAGCAUCCCACGAGAAGCUCCACAGCCACGCCCGAUCUGUUGCAGCAAUGUCAGACCUCUGUGUUGGAAUCAAUGGGUUUGGCCGUAUCGGCAGGCUGGUUCUGAGGGCCUGUCUGCAGAAGGGCAUGAGGGUGACGGCCAUCAAUGACCCCUUCAUCGACCUGCAGUACAUGGUUUACAUGUUCAAGUAUGACUCCACACACGGGCGUUACCAUGGUGAAGUGCGUGCUGAAGAUGGAAAACUGAUUGUUGAUGACAACGUGAUCUCUGUGUUUCAGUGUAUGAAGCCUGCAGAGAUUCCGUGGGGUGAUGCUGGUGCUCACUAUGUGGUGGAGUCCACUGGAGUGUUCCUGAGCAUUGACAAAGCCUCAGCUCACAUCCAGGGCGGCGCCAAGCGUGUGGUGGUGUCUGCCCCCUCCCCCGACGCCCCCAUGUUUGUGAUGGGAGUCAAUGAGGAUAAAUAUGAUCCCUCCAGCAUGACCAUCGUGAGCAAUGCAUCUUGUACCACCAACUGCCUGGCUCCCCUGGCUAAGGUUAUCCAUGACAACUUCGGCAUUGAGGAGGCUCUCAUGACCACGGUCCAUGCCUACACCGCCACCCAGAAGACGGUGGAUGGGCCGUCUGCCAAGGCGUGGCGCGAUGGCCGCGGUGCCCACCAGAACAUCAUCCCAGCAUCCACCGGGGCGGCCAAGGCUGUGGGCAAGGUCAUCCCCGAGCUGAACGGCAAGCUGACAGGCAUGGCCUUCCGAGUGCCCGUCGCUGACGUGUCAGUGGUGGACCUCACCUGCCGCCUCUCCCGCCCUGCCAGCUACGGAGAGAUCAAGGAGGCUGUAAAGAAGGCUGCCCAUGGGCCCAUGAAAGGCAUUCUGGGAUACACGGAAGACUCUGUUGUCUCCUCCGACUUCAUUGGCGACGCCCACUCCUCCAUCUUCGAUGCUGGUGCAGGCAUCUCCCUCAAUGACAACUUCGUCAAACUCAUUUCCUGGUAUGACAACGAGUAUGGCUACAGCAACCGUGUGGCUGACCUGCUCCUGUACAUGCAUUCCAAGGAGUAAAACUCCUGCUCUCGUCCCAAAAACACAGCAGCUCAGAGAGACCCCCGUCCCUCUACACACUCCCACAUUCUUCAUAGCCAAGUCACUCCUUAGCACCCCCUCUACAAGACCAGCUAGUGUCUGUAGUAGUCUGUGUGUACGAGUGUUUGUUUUUCCUUUAUGAAAGCCCGAACUGGAGGCGAUUUUUGGCUUGACAGUAUUUGUCUGCGUCGCCCCAAAGCAUUGUCGUAGAUGUUUCCAUAUUGGGUGUAACUAUGUUAUAUUGGUGUUAAAGAAUUACUUAAAAGUAAGGGAGAAAAACACGCAAGUGUAACUGAGCUUAAAAAGUUAAUGAAUUAAAGUCUUAACACACAAA